AUGGGUUUGAGGGCCGACAUUGCUCAUAGUGUGUCUAAGAGGGAGUUCGCUACAUAUGCUGAAUGUUUGAGGCAAUGCUAUGUUGCGGAGAAUAACUUGAAGAGGGUUCAAGAAGAGAGGAACCAAAAUAGGACUAAUUUUAGAGACCAAGGGAGAUCUACCCAGCACUUGAAGCCCAUUAGUUCUCCAUCAAAGAAGAAGCAAGGAUAUGGAGACCAAUCGGCUCCACCUCCUUAUUGUCACAAGUGCAAGAAGAGACAUACCGGGGAGUGCAAACCCACUUCUGUUACUUGUUACGAAUGUGGCGAGCAGGGUCACAUAUCUCCGCAUUGUUCUAGAAAGAAGGCUCUUGAGAAGACUGCAGUUGAUUGUGGAGCUACUCAUUCCUUUAUUUCUACCGAGUGUGUUUGUCGACUUGGUUUGGAAGUCACUCCAUUACCCGAUCCUAUGAUCAUUUCUUCGGCAACGGAUGAUACAGUGGAAGCCCGACUGAUUUGUAAAGAUUGUUCAAUAUCUUUCAAUGCACGUGAUUUUUCGAUCGAUCUAAUUUGUUUACCUCUCAAAAUACUCGAUGUCAUUCUAGGGAUGGUUUGGUUAUCUCUUAAUUCAGUGUAUAUUGGUUGUAAGGAAAAGACCAUAUUCAUUCCUGCUGAAGAGACUUCUUCCGAUGAUGCAAUUACCAAGUUGAUAGAAGGUACGACCAGCGCAGUCAGUUAUCUCUUUUCCCAAGAAAGAUAUUUUCUUUUAGUUCUUUCCAAAGAAUCUUCUGUAAGAGUGGUAUUGUCUGAGAUCCUUGUGGUGUGCGAAUUUCCUGAUGUGUUUCCUGAGGAUAUCACUUCUCUUCCUCCGGAAAGGGAAGCAGAAUUCUCAAUUGAUCUUGUUCUUGGUACUGCCCCAGUUUCCAUCACUCCUUAUAGGAUAUCUCCUAUUUAA